CAGGGGGCGGAGUUAGGAAGUGAACGAGGGCUGCCUACCAAACAGAGAGAAGAGGAGAAGGAGGAGAGGAAGAGAGAGGAGAGAGACGGGUGGGCAGGCUGCUCACCGUAAGCGAUGGUCCUCGGAUAGAGUCUUGGAAGACCUCAUGAAAACUGGCUUGGUUGAAUGGGUUGCAGCGGUAAUUGAGCACGGCGUGAUUUGCAUCUCUCGGAUCCUUGGAAGGAAAAAAAAAAAGCUGCAGCAGCCACCCAUUGCAAGAACAAUUUUCAUUUGAAAGAAGAGGACUUUCUUUAUAUGUUUUAUUUUCUUUUUUUGUCUACAACUAAUUUUCUCACAUUGAGGCUUUUACACGCCAGCAGAGAACAACUCUUUCCCAGCGGAUAGGACUCACAUGCACGGAGGACGAUAGACCUCCUGCUUGGACCAGAUACCCCCCCCCCCACUCCACUUCUCUGGCGGGCUCAAGCGCAGCAGUUCCCGGUGAGAAGAGAGGAACAGGACUCCCCAGAAAGCCCCUUGUUUGAAGCCCCAGGAUUUGUGUGGGAGGGAGCAAGGGAGGGUGAGGGGCUUUUGCUGGGAUGUUUGAGUCGCGUUGUUUGGUGGGGUGAAGGGACCGAGAGAGUGGCCGGAGAGAGAGAGAGAGAGAGGGACCCCCCCCAAGGGACGGAGGCCGAGAGUGGAGCCGGGAGCAUGGCUCUGGUGGUGCUGUCUCUCUGGGCGCUAACGAGUCUCACCUGGGCGGACCUGAGCCAGGUUUCAGCCAACAGGCAUUCGGUGUACUGGAACAGCUCCAACAUACAUCUGCGUAGGGAGGGUUACACCAUGCAGGUGAAUGUCAACGACUACCUGGACAUCUAUUGCCCUCACUACAACGACAGCCAGCGCAUGGUGGGCACCGGGGAGCAGUACGUCCUCUACAUGGUCAGUUACCGGGGUUACAGGAACUGCGACCCUCAGCUGGGCUUCAAGAGGUGGGAGUGCAACCGUCCCCACGCCCCCCACGCGCCCAUCAAGUUCUCGGAGAAGUUCCAGCGAUACAGCGCCUUCUCGCUGGGCUACGAGUUCCACGUCGGACAGGAGUACUACUACAUCUCCACACCCACCCAUCAUCAUGGCCGCAGCUGUCUGAGACUACGGGUGUACGUCUGCUGCUCCACUGCCUCUGAUGUGGAUGAUGAGCCAGAGCCUACAGAACCAGACUACACGCUUAGACCAGGCAUAAAAAUCUAUGAUAUUG